AAACAUUGUUUGUUUGACAGCUCUGUACUACGUGACAUCGGAUCCAAGUUUACUACAACUAUGGCAGAAACUGCUCCUGCUCCCGCGGCGGCUCCGGCCAAAUCUCCGAGGAAGAAGGCGACAAAGGCGAAAAAGCCCGGACCCAGCGUGUCAGACCUCAUCGUGAAGGCGGUUGCUGCUUCCAACGAGCGCAAAGGAGUUUCCCUAGCGGCUCUGAAGAAGGCUUUGGCAGGUGGUGGAUAUGACGUCGAGAAGAACAACUCUCGCGUCAAGAUCGCCCUGAAAGCUUUGGUGAAAAGGGGGGCGCUUGUCCAGACCAAAGGCACCGGAGCGUCCGGAUCCUUCAAGGUGAGCAAGAAAGCAGCCGCCAAGAAACCCGCCAAGAAAGUUGUGGCGAAGCCGAAGAAGCCAGUCGUCAAGAAGAAGAAGGCGGCGGCCAAGGUGGCAAAGCCCAAGAAGGCAGCAGUAAAGAAAGCCUCCCCGAAGAAGUCUCCUAAGAAAGUGAAGAAACCGGCUGCCAAGAAAGUCGCCAAAAGCCCAAAGAAAGUGAAGAAGCCGGCUGUGAAGAAAGUUGCAAAGAGUCCUAAGAAGGUCAAAGCAGUGAAACCUAAAGCUGCAAAGCCCAAGGCUGCCAAGGCGAAGAAGACGGCCGCCAAGAAGAAGUAGACUGAAAGACUUACUCCAAAAACCAAAGGCUCUUGUAAGAGCCACCCCAUCUUCACAGAAGUGCACAUGUUCCUAAUGCAUGUAAGAAGGCGAAUGCUUGUUUAAUAGACUGAGAACAUUUUCUUUUUUACUCGGGAUGUGACUGUAUAAACGGUCCUGAUUCUACUGCUUCCAUCAUCACCAGCGGGAACGAGCAGCACACAAUGCUGUGGAGGACUUUUGUGUUGUUUGUUAUUUUCAAGAUCGGUUUGUGAAAACACAUGACAGUCUCUACCUCUGUACCUGAUACACAAAGCCGAUUACUCGGUGUAGAUUUUCAGUCCUUCAGAGAUUAGGCAGAAGAGUCCGCUGGUUGGAAAGUGUCCAAUAUGUCCAUACAUUAACAUAAGUUCAUCUUGUGCGCGCGCGCGUAUGUAACUAAACUGGAUGAAUGUGUUUUAUCACUAUGAUUCAUGUUAUAUUUAUAUUUUGUAUUGGAUUAAAUGAGACUUUCCUGUAAAUAUACAGCAAUACAGAACAAUUAAUUUAUUCAUUGUCGAGUGUUGUUUUUUUGAAUGUUUCUACCAGAGGUAAACACAUUCCAUUAAUAAACUUGUUUUUUGUUUUGUUUUGCUUUUGUAUUGUUCUUAACAUUUAUUCAUAAACCUAUAUUUUGUCCAAAAUGUGUUUUAGUAUAAAAAUCCUAAUAAAAACAAAUACAAUAUCAA